AUGCAUGUACAGUCUGUGGAGGCCCAACAGGGCACCAAUCUUGUCUCGGAAGGGCCACCCAUCACAGAAGUUGUAGAACGAAGUGCUAGUCAUGAACUCAAAAACUCAGGGGACCAGCGUGCUCCUUCGCUUGCGCAGGGAGACACGAAAAGCUCUUCCAGUGGUUUUGAAACGUCGACAGCCCCGAACAGUGAGGGAAUUCAUCGUAGAGAGAGAGAUCUAACUGAAAGUGGAGCUACGGACACAAAUGAUGUGAAAACUGCAGGGCGUGAAGCUUCAGCGCGCCCCACUUCCUCGACGAGGGCUGCGGCCGUGCAGAAGGCCGUCGCCGAAGUUUUCGCCGCCCAAAAUGAGAGGAGAGCAGCUGCCCUGGCCUCAAGGAUAAGCUCUAGGACAAUAUCUCGGGCAGAAGGCUCAGCUGAGCUGAAAUGCUUUGAGCAGAGGUCAGAUGUCGCGCAGGCAGCUGCUGAGCAACUGCGAAGAAUUGAGGCCGCGAGGGCCGCUAGUGAAAUUCAGGGCCCUAAGUCGAAUACAGUGGAGCCAAGUGGAGGACCGCAGAGCUUGUCUAGAGAUGCUUACCAAGACGUGAAAAUUGGGGGCAGUCAGUCAGGUCACGAGGGAGCAAAGGAACGGGUAGAACAGAUUGGGAAACCGUCUGUUCAAACGCCGCCCACUGCUCCUCCGAAGGACGAUUCACCUGUUGCUCAUAAGGGCGAACAUGAGACCACGGAUCCGUCACUUUUGCAGCGCGCCCGCUUGCCACAGAACAUUUACGCAGCGCAACACGAGCUGGCUGCGGCAGCUGAAAUGGACGAGCAGCGUCGACUUGCAGCGGUCGUGUCACGUGCCCGCUCACGAAUCGUAUCGAGAGCCGAUGGAUGCGCCGAUCGAAGCAAUCUUGCAGACCGCGCGGACGUCGCAAGAGCCGCAGCUGAGCAGCUGCGCAAGAUGGCACAAGCUUCAAGCAAACAGGUGGACCCAAGACUCAGAUUUUAG